CCUCCCCCUCUCAGGUAUCUGAGCUAUGGCUCUGGCCCCAAGAGGUUUCCUCUGGCAGAUGUCCUGCAGUACGCCAUGGAGUUUGCCUCCAGCAAGCCUGUCUGCACCUCCCCAGUGGAGGACGUCGACAUAUCAGCACCCCCUGGUGGCACAACAGGGCAACUGCUGCCCGCUGCGAGCCCAGCUGAGCAGGGCCCCUCCUGCCCCCCCGAGGGCCCCGGCCCCGCUACGGGCCCCUCCGGCCUGCCCCUGCCUCCGCAGCAGCAGAGGGUGCCCAUCCACAAGCCCUUCACCCAGUCCCGGCUGCCUCCGGACAUGCCCAUGCACCCGGCCCCGCGCCACGUCACCGAGGAGGAGCUGGGGGUGCUGGAGGGCUGCCUGCACCGCUGGAGGAGGGAGGUGGAGAACGACACCCGCGAUCUCCAGGGAAGCAUCUCCAGGAUCCACAGAACCAUCGAGCUGAUGUACUCUGACAAGUCCAUGAUGCAGGUUCCCUACCGGCUCCACGCCGUGCUGGUCCACGAGGGCCAGGCCAACGCGGGCCACUACUGGGCGUACAUCUACGACCCGCACCAGCGGCGCUGGAUGAAGUACAACGACAUCUCCGUCACCAAGUCGUCCUGGGAGGAGCUGGUGCGCGACUCGUUCGGCGGCUACCGCAACGCCAGCGCCUACUGCCUCAUGUACAUCAACGACAAGAAGCCCUUCCUCAUUGAAGAGGAGUUUGACAAGGAGACGGGUCAGAUGCUGAGCGGCCUGGACAAGCUGCCCGCCGACCUGAAGCUCUCGGUGAAGGAGGACAACCACCUGUUCGACAAGGAGCUCGCCGACUGGGACCUCCUCCAGGCCCGCAAGGCCCAGCAGGAGAAGCUGGCCCUGGCCGCCGCCGCCCUGGCAACCGCCUCGGCAACCGCCGCCGCUUCUUCCGCCGCCUCCCCUCAGCCAAUGAGCACGGAGCCCAGCCCGCCCGACAACUCAGACCCGCAGCAUGACCCAGAGUACAUGGAGCAGCCGUCCCCUACAGACGACUCCAAGCACCUGCAGGAGGACACGGAGAGGGCCAUCGCCAGGGCCGCCUCGGAGCAGCUGGAGGAGCGGGGCCCCGAGGCCCUGCUGAACGCAGCUCCCCCCGCCCAGGUCGAGGGGCGGGCCAGCUCCCCCCUGCCCCCGCCCCCUCUCCCCCCCGCCGACCCCCCCGUCGAGGGCGAGGCCGGCGGCCAGCGGGUGGUGGAGGUGGCCAUUCCCCACGUGGGCACCUUCGUCAUCGAGUCGGAGGCGGGGGGGUACGACGACGAGGCGAUGAUGACCCCAAACAUGCAGGGUAUUAUAAUGGCCAUUGGCAAGUCCAGCGGUGUGUAUGAACAGUCUGGCCCUGAGGCGGCCUUCUUCAAGGCCAUCAAGGUAGAGUACACUCGCCUGCUGAGGUUCGCUCAGGAGGACACGCCCCCCGAGAGCGACUACCGGCUGCAGCACGUGAUCGUGUACCUGAUCCAGAACCAGGCCCCCAAGAAGAUCCUGGAGAGGACCCUGCUCAUGCAGUUCGCCGACAGGAACCUGGGCUUUGACGAAAGGUGUAAGAGCGUCAUGAACGUGGCUCGUGCCAAGCUGGACAUGAUCAAGCCGAAGGAGGUCAACCUGGAGGAGUACGAGAUAUGGCAUCAAGACUACAGGAACUUUCGCGAUACAACCGUCUUUCUGAUGAUUGGCCUGGAAUUGUUCCAGAAGAAAAGUUACGUGGAGGCCUUGAUGUACCUGAUCUACUCCUAUCAGUACAACGGAGAGCUGCUGCUUAAAGGGCCGUACCGGGGUCACGACCAGGAGGUCGUCGGUCGCUACCGGAGGCAGUGUCUCCUGAAACUCAACGAGCAUGCGGCGACCCUGUUUGAGACGGGCGAGGAGCCCGAGGUGAGCGACGGGCUGAGCAUCAUGAACGAGCUGGUGGUGCCGUGCAUCCCCCUGCUGCUGGUCCACGACACGGAGAAGGACCUGCUGGCCGUGGAGGACAUGAGGAACCGCUGGUGCUCCUACCUGGGCCAGGAGAUGGAGUCGAACCUGCAGGAGAAGCUGACAGACUUCCUCCCCAAGUUGCUCGACUGCUCGACGGAAAUCAAGAGCUUCCACGACCCUCCCAAGCUGCCCACCUACUCCACCCUGGAGCUGUGCGAGCGCUACGGCCGCGUCAUAGCCUCCCUCGGGCGGGGGCCCGCGGACGGGAGAUGAGCUGGUGGGGGCCCCCCCCGCUUGCCCCUCCUCCAUCAGCCCCCCCGCCUGGGGCACUCACCCAACGGACCUCUGUAUUAACCCACGCCUUCCUUAUAACCUGGGGUCGCUCGCCAUAGCUGUUUACUUCUUCGUUUUUUCUCUUUUUGCUGCUAUAGGUUUUUAUCCUUAUGAAUACUAUGAUUUCAGAUGUGUUUUUAAAGCAAAACGCGACAAGAGAGUGGUAAGGAACAGUCCUGGGAUGAAGGAACUCGAACGAGGAGUCUAGUGACGGCGGUCUUGCAGUGAUUAAAAGCCAGCGCAUGCUGCUCCAGCUUUGUUAAACAAGGUUGAUUUAACUUUGACGUUUUUUUUUUCUUUUCGUAGUUGUCAGGUUUUAUUCGUUUGUUGUUGUUGUCUUUCUGGUUUAAGCCCCCACACCCCCAUUCCUUAAGCACCCCCUUUCUGCGUGAAAACACGACCUCCCAGCUGCUCUGCCACCAGUUUGGUACAGUAUUAUCAAAUAUUUUGUUUUUGUUUUAUUUUUCUAAAUAAAGCGACAAAGAGAACCUUGAGAUUUAAGUAUCUCAAGUGGGUCUCUCGACCCGAGGACUGCACCAGAAUGAGAUGUUUUGAGGGCUGUGGUAGACAGCCAUGGACGCUCUGUGGUUUGUUAAUAAAUCGAGAGAAUAAAGUUUUAUUUAUGGCCCUUUUAGGCCAAAUACAUACUU